AUGCGGGAGCCGUGCACGGCUCCAGGAGAGGGAGCUGUAUCCACGGGUACCCCUGCAGCCUCCACUCACGUUAGGAGAAAGCAACUUUCCUUAGCCGUUUAUAAAACUAGUUCUUUCCAGAAAUUCCCCCGGACGCAUCCUGCAGCUGCUCCUGUGCAGGGAGGGCUGGCAGCGAGGCUGCGUGCUGUGUGUGUACGAGCACAGCCCCGGGAUGGCCACACCACAUCCAGUCAGUAUAACCCAGAUAACCCAGCCCUGCUGCUCCUCUCCCGGCUGCGGUCUGGGGCUCCCUACAGAAACCCCACAGCCUCAGGGUCACAGGCUCAGCCGCAUUCACGGACCGCCAAACAUCGGCGUGGUGCCAAGUCCUCUGAUUCCCCUGCCCAGACCUGGACCCCUUGCCCGAGCUCGCAGAAAUCCGCCCCGGGGCAGGGCAGGGCAGGGACGGCCGCGGCGGUGGCGGGGCUGAGCGGCGGGGGGGAUUUAAGGCUCCAUCGCCGGGCCCCAACCCGGCUCCGGAGCUCGGUGCUGCCCGGCGGCCGCGCCAGCCGCGCUCCGACCCGACCCGACCCGACCCGGCCGUCGGGAGCGGCUGCAGAGCCCGCCCGCCCCGCCAUGGGCUGCUCCAGCAGCGCCCGCAGCCGCCCCCAGGAGCCGCCGCCGCUGCCGGCAUCCUCAUGUGCAAACACCCUGACUGCAGAUGACCAUGUAACUGCAGCUGACCAGACACAGUCGGACCCAGCAGAGCAUGUGAGCCUUGCCUCUGAAGAGACCAGCCCAGACGAGCAGCUGCCGGGAGAGGAGGCUCCAGCCACCAUCCUGGACGUGGAGGGGAACACAGAGUCUGUCAGUAAAAGGGAGGAGCCAGAGGGCACCGAGCCCCUGCCUGCAGGAGAGGAGGACAGCUCUGAGCUGCCCUCUGUGUGGAGAGAGGAGAGCAGGGGGCCUUCACCGCCAGCACCAGGAGAAGAUGCUGGGGCACCAUCUCCAGGAGCAGCAGAGGACAGUGGGCUGGCAGAGGGCAGUGACAGCUCUGUAGUGGAAGUCAUCGAGAAAGUACAUAUUACUGAAGAGGAGCACCUCACUGAGGGUGAGACGGGAGAACAGGUGGAAACUGAGCUGCUCAGUGAGACAGUAAGUGAAGGGCCUGAAACAAAAGAAGAAGAAACAGGAGAAGCUGUGGAUAGUGCAGCAGCGACAGAGAUAGGUAUGUUGACAGAGGAGGGAAGGACCACAUGAGUUAUUGUUUAAGAGACAGCAAAGACUGUGCUGUCUUAAUGAGGAUAUCUUGUUAUGCCCCUGUUGGCAUACAGCUGCUUUCUGCAUUUUUACACAAGAGAGUCAAAAAUACUCUACAUUAAAAGACAUUUUUGGAAGCAAUCAAUUGGAAGUCAUGCUUUUUACAUGGGUCACCUUUAUAUAAUACAUGAGCCUUAUCAGUGAUAACUUUUCCCUCUUUGGGAAGAAUGAUAGACUGUAACAGACAGUCUCAGAAAAUAAAAACCUUUGUU